AUGGGCAUUCUUAGUUUGUCAUUCAUAUUUACUUCUGCUUCAUCGAAUACGAAACAACGUCGAAAAAAUGAAGUAAAUAUUCAACCAGGCAAUAAAGAUCCUUCUCCACCUCCGCCAAAUGAUCUUUCCAAUAGCGGAUUAAUAAAUACAAAUGAAAGUCAUAAUCAAUCAACAAGUCUACCUUUAUCUUCAACUCAAUCACAUUCAUUAAAUUCUUCAAGUAAUAACGGUUUACUUUAUCUUCAACCUGAAUAUGCAGUUUUCACACGAUCACUUGCUGAAUGUAAUAUUCAUGAAUUAAUUCGACAACCAACUGGUGUUGAUAAAAAUGAAUGGAUUGCAAAUAAUAUUGUUGCCUUUUUCAAUCAUGUAAAUGCUUUGUAUAAUGCAAUGUGUGACUUUUGUACACCAGCAACAUGUCCGGUCAUGACUGGCCCACAGAACAGUUCCUAUUUAUGGCUUGAUGAACGAAAUAAGAAAAUAAAAUAUUCUGCACCUCAAUAUAUAGACCUAUCAAUGAUGUUUAUUCAAAAGACACUUUCAGAUGACACUAUAUUUCCUACAAGACUAGAUCAACAAUUUCCUCUAUAUUUUGAUUCACUUGUACGUAAAAUGGUUCGUCUACUAUUUCAUGCUGUUGCACAUUUAUAUGCUGUUCAUUAUCGUCAAUUAAUUGAAUUACAAUUACAUCCACAUUUGAAUAGUUUAUUUCUUCAUUUUAUAUCAUUUUUAAUCACAUCGAAUAUAAUCUCUCCUGAUUGUUCAACUGUACAUAUGAAUUCUAGUGGAACACUUUCAUCUUCAUUGGCAACACCCGGUCAAACAGAUGCACGUGAACUUCGAACAGAACUUGAUACUUUAGAUGUUUUAUAUCAAUUAUUGGCAAAUCAAUGGCGACAUGCUUAUGGACAAGCAUGUGCACAAAAAAGAAAGCAGCAAACAACGAAUGAAAAUAUAUAA